UUCCAAUUUUACAGGGUUUCAUAUCAGUAUUGUAAACCGUAAACUUCACACCGUAUUUUUAUAUUGCUGAACUCACUCUUAAAAGUUGUAAACAAUCUAAAAUAAACUCUUCAACCAGCAAUCAGCUGUUCGCCCAUCAAAACAUUGAGCUUGAGCAUGCGCAGCAGAGCGAAACUAUAGUAUAGUAUACUUGCAAUGUUGCUGUAUAUUAUUUCAAAUAAUAACUUCUAUUGUGAUAAUACUUUUAUAUAUCAAUAGAACAAAUUGUAUAUAUUUUCUUAAAAUGGCGAAUUUGUCUUAUUGGAGUUAGGUGAAUAUGUAUUUCUUUUUAGUGAUAACGUAAUUUAUCUCCUAUCAAUUAUAAAAUGCUAUUUAUAUUGUAGUCUUUAAAAGUGAUACAGAUAGUAAUAUGAAUAUAACGUAGAUGUUAACUUCUACCGUCAUUGUAAAGAGUUAGUGAGAAUUUAAUUCAGAGAGCAAGUGUACAAAACAUAAAUCAGAUACUACACCUCAGACUCUGAGAGAAUUAACAUUCUGAACUAGACCCUGUUAACCGGCAAAGUGUAAAAUGGAAAGGCGGGAUAAACAAUAAAAACGGGAAUCUUGAAAAUAAAUGUAUUAUUUUUAUGCUCUUAUAUCUACCUCACCUCGUACUUGUUUAUACAACAUUAAGAUAUAAAACAAAUACCAUAUGUCUGUAGUUAUUUAAUAUUGCUCCAUAUAACAAACUUAAGUACCUUUCACCUUAACUAACUGAAAUACAUUUUUCAAAAUAUCUGCAUGAUAUUAACAUAUUCAUUGAUAAAUAGUAUCCAAUUUUAAAUUACUGAUGAUUGGUUGCUGAACUACAAGAAAUGACAAGUUCUUUACUUGAACAAACCAGAACAAAACUAGAUUCAAUUUUAUCCUUUUAAUGAACGUUUAAUUAUUUUGAUUCGAAUUAUAACUGAGCAUCUGCCGCAUAUUUUCCGACCUAAAACAUUAAUUAUUUAACUUUAAAAACCCAGGCAUUGUGAUAUCUCCCGCAGGCCAAGAAAGUGAACAUGUUUAUAAACUGUAUUCCUCAUUAAAUAACACAACUACAGGUAAAUGUUACAAAAACUACAUUUGAUAGCACAGCAAGACUUUUUCUUUACCAUUUUUAUCAUAAAAAUAUGUUAAUAUUCUAUGAAAGCUUUCAAGAGCCAUGCUGGUGUUUAUACUGCAUCCUUUUCUGAAUCAUUAAGGACAUUAUUGAAAAUGUCCAGUCAACUUGCCCGAGAGAAUGUAAGCAUUGUCCGAUUGUGUUGGCGAAUUUCAAGCCGAUACCUUUAUACUAGAAAGAUGAAAUAUUUCGUUAUUUUUCCAGUUUAAGCAACCGGUAUGUCUUCAACUUCCGUGCGAGUCGCUGUUAAAGUCCGUCCAUCGGUUCGACAUAAAAUUGAAAAGGGAUGCAAAUAAGUCGUGGUUGCCAUAUCGAUGAACGAGCAGAUCGUGAUAAAAAAUUGCGAAAAGUCGUAUACUUUCGACUAUAUUCUGAAGGCUGAAUCCCCCGAGGAAGAGCUCCAUAAUAGAUGUUUCGCUCCCUUAAUGAAGAACAUCUGCCUAGGUUUCAAUGUAACGAUUUUUGCGAAUGGGCAAACUGGCUCCAGUGCGGGAUCUCUUCCAACACGUUCGUCACAAUUUUAGCACAGAUUUUACCAUUACGGUUUCAUUCAUUGAGUUCUAUCGUAAAAUUCUCUAUGGCUUGCUGGCCAAUAAAGCCGCUAGAUCAAUGCACCCUGAAAAUUAGAGAAGUUAUCGCUAAGGGUGCGUCUUAAUCCAUGUAACGUCUCUCUAAUCUGAAUAUCUAAUUAUUUAUGGCAAUUUGUCAGGAAUUCAUAUUCCCAAUGCGACCAAGGUGAUGCUGCAUUCAGUUGAAGAUGUAUUAAGUAUAUUGGCCAAAAGCUCUUUAGGACGAGCUACUGCCUCCACCAAUAUGAACUAGCAGAGCUCUAGAAGUCACUCAAUUUUCACCAGAAUAUGGCUCAUGAGAGCAACGCGUAUUUAAGGAAAUCUUCCAAACUGCACCUAAAUCUGCCAGGUUCAGAGAGCUCGAAAAAGACUGGGGCCCAAGGCAAAACGUUUAAAGAAGGAGUGAACAUUAACAAUGGCCUGUUUGUACUCGGCAACGUGAUACGCGCCCUUGGAUAGGAGAACAUACCCUACUAACUAACUACUAAAUAUGCGUCUCAAAUUUCCAAAAGCUGCCCACGUCAAUCCUAUGCGUCUCUGUAGUUCAUGUAUUUGGUUGUCCCUAUUUAUUCGAAUUUCAUGACCGAGAUAUUUGUAGUUUCCUCAACCUGGACGCCAUUGAUAUAUACAUUAGCUGAGUUUUCGACAAAUUGAUUCUUAGCCCGAUGUUUUGAGAUGCAGCAUUUAAGUUGUUGAAGCAUAGUUCUGGCGUGGUAAAUACGAUGUGUUAUUAAAACUGUCAUCUGCGAAUCUUAAAAUGUGAAGUUUUCGCCAUUUAUGUUGAUGCCAAGUCCAUCGAAGUCUACAGAUUUAAACAUAUAUUCGAGGAGACUUGUAAAGAGUUUUGACGAGAUGGUGUCUCCUUGUCGGACGCCUUUAUCGAUUUUAAAUGUGUUUGUACUGUCCUUUGUUAUACAUACAAUACACAAUACAUAUACAAUAUACUUUAUUAUUUGAGUAUACCGGUAGUCUAUUCUACCGUCUGACAAAGAUUUUAACAUGUUGAACUGAUCUAUGGUGGCGAAGACUUUUUCGUAGUCCACAAAUAUUAGAACGAGUGGCCUGUUGUAUUCAAUGGACUUCUCGAGGAGGUUUUUAAGGACUUGGAGAUGAUCAUUUGUGCCAUAUCCUGAUCGAAAACCGGCCUGUUCUCGUGGUUGAUAAAGACCUAGUUUGGAAUUUAGCCUAUUCGUUAGAAUUCGGGUGAAUAUCUUGUACACAUGCGAUAGUAGGCUUAUAGGACGGUAGUUGGCAAGAUUGGUGUUGUCUCCCGUUUCAUGCAGCAAGAUAAUGGUUGCGUUGUUCCAGCGUUGUGGAUUUUUUUCUUAUAUGAGGCAUUCGUUGAACAGUAUCUUGAGACUCUGCAGCAGUUUAUUGCCUCCAAGUUUAAUAACUUCGAUAACAACUUUGUCCUCUCCUGGAGCUUUAUUGUUCUUCAAUUCAGAUAUGGACUUUUGAAUUUCGUCAGUUGUAAUUUCUGGGAUGUCUUCUGAUCCUUGAUUCAUAAUCAUAUGAAUUUGCUCGGUAAUAAUAGUUGUUUCGGUCUUAGCAUACAAAUCUCUAUAGAAUGCUUCGAUUAUUCUCAAAAUAUCUUGUUUGUUAGUUGUUAUUCUUCCUUCUCUGUUUCGCAGUUUACAAAUCUUCCUAUUUCCCCCAGAUAACUUUUUUCUAAGUACUUUUAAGCUUUUAAGGUUUUCUUCAAUGGUCUUUUCAACCAUGUUGGUGUUAAAUGUCCUGAAGUUAUUUUGGAUGGCUUUAGUUAGGCAAAUUUCUGCCAUAUUUCUCUUGUAAACAUCUCCUUUCUUUCAUCAUGUUCUUGAUUGUAUCACUUAGUUUUGAAAUUUGUUGGUUUGUUUUCGCAAAAUUAAUUUGUUCGACUUGUUUUAUAGCUUUUGUUAUGUUUUCAUUCAGCCGAUGUCCACAGUGUCGGUUGUUGCUAUUUCGAACUUAUUUAAAUGUUCGUUAAUGUCACUUUCAAAGGUUUGUGUGUUAUUGGGGAAUGUCCAGUUCUUCCUGUGUGUUUUCUGUAUCAUCUUCGGUCGUUCCCUUUUAACAUUUACUGAUAUUUUCGAUCUUCCCAUUCUGUGAUCACUGCCUACGCAGAAGUUAUUCAGACCUGUUGCGUCAUGGAUUAUUUAUUUUUUGUCCGUUAUUAUGAAAUAUAUUUCAUUUUGUGUUUUCCCGGUCGGGCUAAUCCAUGCCCAUUUUUGUUGUGGCUUUUUGUUAAAAGAGGAAUUCAUUGAAUACAGUCCUGUUAGGAAGGUGGUCCUGCAGGAAGUUAAGGAGCCUACUUCCUCUUUCGUUCCUCUCUCCAUAUCCAUAUUUUCCCAAAGGGUUUUCCGACUCAUCUUGUUUAGUUCCAAUUUUGGCGUUGAAAUCGUUGUCAUAAAAUGUAGGUAUCUAUUUCAUCCUCUUCAGCGGAUGACGUGGGAGCGUAUGAUUUUGAUGUUGUGUCUUGAAUUUAGUUUGAAAAUAAGAUAAAUUACUCUUGGGUUUAUGAUUUUGAUCUCUACUAUUUGUUGUACGUUUCCUGCGUACAAUAAAUUAAACACCGCCUUCUGUGCCCCAUAGUGAAACAGAUGACCGGAUUUUAAAGUCCAUUCUGCUUCUCCUUUUCUUCUAAUUUCGCUUAGCCCAACAAUGUCCCAUCUGGUCCUUCCAAGCUCCUAGCUCAACCAGUUUUUGAUCUGAUAAGAGUUUUCUCACAUUCACUGAUGCAAUUUGCAGUUGUUAUCUUUGAUAGUGGCCUGAUCCUUUCCGGGGAUUCUUAGCAGCCUCUGCCAUCAUUCCGGUCUGACCGCCACCCUGCGGGUUGGUAGGUUAAUGUACAGGGAUUUAAUCCUGUAAUUGUGGCGUAUGGUUAUUCCGCCGUCAGUAGAGCUAGAGGCUAGUCGGUACAGAAAUAUUUGGUCGUCAGAGACUCGUUUGUUAAUUAGCAGGGUGUACCGGGUGGCCAGAGGCUCACCACACGUGCAGGUGAGGUUGACAUUUGGGCAGCUUUGAUGUUAUGGUGAUAUGCGCUGCCCCUUACACCCCCUUACUUCAAAUAGUAUAGUAGUAGAUCAAGAGUAGUAAGAUGAUAAUAAAUAAAAUAAUAAUAAGCUCAGUCGGCGAACGCGAGCAAGGCUUGCAAGUAUUUGUUUGAAACAUUCCCGCGGCCCAUCAAUAAAUUUAUGUUUUUUUUUGACAGAAAUAUUUAAACAGCAUUCUUAUGGAUCCCAUAUUGGUUUCAUCGCUGCCCGCGCGGUCUUUUAUGGAUCCGGCCAACUAUUGCCAACCAUUUGGAGGUAGGAGUGUGUUUAAGAAUAAUGUUCAUUUUUCUGGGAUAUAGCAUCCAUACACACAUCGAUUUGUGCUGUUGCACGGACAUCCGAGGCCUAGUAGUAGAGAUAUGAUAUCAAUAAGAACGGUUCAUUGCGCGAUCUGUUGUGCGGCUCUAAACCAAAAUUGUCUUUUUUGAAAAAGUACGGAAACCCCAAAGGCCAUAAGCUGCUGACGGAUACUGGAGGCGUUGAAGUUUCUACACGAAAAAGGCUUUCCAUAUGGUGUCAAACUGUUACAUUAGUCGAAAACAAACUGUACACUGAAAACACAUUGAGGAAUGAUUCGAAGCGGGAGAAAUAGGGAAAAGUUGCACUAUUGGGUGAUACUUUUUCGAUCCUGUUCUCUGCACGGUGAAUGGUGCAUAUGAAUUAUGCGAGCUAUUUGCAAAUUUGUUGGCGUUUUGCGUUUUUAUUGCUGCGUCACCGUUGUCCAGUAAUAUGAAAAAGUCUUCGAAAGAGCAUUAUUUUCCUCCUUCUCUUAUAAAUAGUUCUAUUAACAAAAGGCUCAUCAGGACAGAAACAUUAAUAUUAUUCUCAUGUCUUCUGCACAGUGAAAACACUCUAAUCGAGAACGACCGAGUCAACCUGAUAGAUAUAGAAAAUGGAGUGUUGGGCGUGCCAUCUUCCUACCGGCCAUAUUUCAUGCAGCGCAAGAAAAUAAGCACACUGGAGACAAUGCACGUGUUCUGUUUCCGUCACGUUCUCUACGAAAUGGCCAUCGGAUCGCCAUUGCACGAAAGCUACAUCGGGGAAGAAAUAUCCGAGUGUCUUCACCAAUUCAAAAACAUCUUAGAGUCGGUUUUGUCGCAUGAUGCUUGCAAAUACUGCCUGCCUACCAUUGACGGUCUGCUGAACGAUCCGUUUUUUGCUGGAGUUCAGUUACGUUUGUUCGAUGGAGAUCCCGCACAUUUUAAAAUUUCCUCCUCAAUCAAAGAGUAUCUGAAAAUAGUGGUUUUUAAGAUUGAGGAUCGAUGCAAAGGUGAGCAGAAACUGGUGCGAAGCCAGAAACGACUCACCAAAGUCCAGAAGAUAAUGAUCAGCGAGGAGGACAGAAAGAAGCACCGAAAUCGAAUGAAGCAGCUGAAAGAGCAGAAGAGCAAAGGUGGAUCAAUGAGAAAGAACGGAAAUCAUAAUUCCUCUGUUCGUUUGCAUAGCCGUUUUGGGGUCUUAAUUAACGAUUGGUUUGUUCUUGAUUUUCAGGUCUCUGUCCGCAUAUCUCAGUGUUGAUAUCGUUUCUUCCAUAUUAUACUUCGCUGGGCUAAUACAUGCGAUCAUCAAAGUGACACUGUUGCCGCCCAAAUAAUCUAAUCUAUCUAAAAGGUCUUCAUUUUCACUAUAAAUUAAUUUCAUUAAUGUUAUUAAUUUCUUUAAUUUACUUUUAUAAAGCAUGGUCAGUUAAUAUAUGAUUCUCAGUUUUAUGUUUAUAAUACACACACUCUAUGUCAUUUGGCUGAAAAAGUUGAUCGAUUUAAAACGUUAGAUAACUUUUCGGUUUUAGAAUUUUUUUUGGGACUCUUAAAAAAUCUUUAUACGAUCACCAGUUAAACCCUUGCAACAGAUAUACCGAAGACUAAUGAACGUAGGGUAUGUUUAGUUCCAUCUAAAUGCCUACAUUUCGUAAAGCAUAACACAAGUCUUGUAAUAGGAUUUGUUGAAAAACAAUCUAAAAAGAUAUUUAGAAACAAAUUUAAUUUAAGUAUUUAUUCUUAUUCUAGAGCCAAUUCGCAUUGCUUGACAAAAAUUGGUUUAGUUUUGGAGAUCCAUAACAUUUGCUCAUUUGAUAACAUUAUUUUAUUGUAGCAAAAAAGGUUUUUUCUUAUUAUUUCCUUUAUAGUUAUCCUUUAGAUUCAAAAGAUUUAUGUAUAUAUGAAAUAAAAAGUUUGUCAAAAGAUUAUGAAAAUUGAAAUUGGUCGGAGAUAAAGGCGACAUGUCUAGUAAUUUCAAAAAAUCAGAGAGUCAAAGAUUUAUAUCAAUACCACUCCUACACGAUCUUAACAUUUUUGGCGCAAAGUUAUAACUUAAAACCAUCUUUAUCUUUCUGUCUUGUCAAUAAAAUACGAUUUAAGAUUCUAGUGUCUUAUU